CUAUCUCGAUAUGCUAGCCUUGAGCUGCCUGCUACAUUGAGAAGUUUCUGUGAUAUAGCGGAGGGUGCCUACGCGAGCGAGCAUCACAGCCUGAUAGCCUGCUGCUACCCCGGGAGAGGCGAUGAUGGCGGCGGCCGUAGAGAGAGGAGGAGUGCGGGCCGCUUUCCUGAAUCCAGGCAGCGGCAGCGGGAUCGGUGGACCACCCCCGGCACCUAUGCCCACUGCUCCCGGAGCCGUGGUUGGAGCAGGAGGCAUGGGUUCGAAUUCGGGUGGGUCGGAUGGUCCCAUGCCCGUGCCUAUGAACCUUUUUGCAACAUGGGAAAUAGACCGUUCUUCUCCAAGUUGUGUUCCAAGAUUGUGCAGCCUGACCCUCAAGAAGCUGAUUGUACUGAAAGAACUGGACCGAGAGCUUAGCUCCGUGGUGAUAGCUGUCAAAAUACAGGGCUCCAAGCGCAUCUUGAGGUCCAAUGAGUAUGUCCUUCCCCCAGACGGACUGAUGGAGACUGACCUUGAGCUAACCUUCUCACUCCAGUAUCCCCACUUCCUCAAAAGGGACGCCAACCGAUUGCAGAUCAUGCUGCAGAGGAGGAAGCGAUAUAAAAACCGCACCAUCCUGGGGUACAAGACCUUGGCUGUGGGCGUCAUCAAUAUGGCAGAGGUGAUGCAGCACCCGACAGAUGGAGCCCAGAUCCUGGGUCUCCAUAGCAACGUGAAGGAGGUGCCGGUGCGUGCGGCCGAGCUCAGCGUGUAUUCCCUGUCCAGUCAGCCCAUUGACCAUGAGGACGGCAGUGGGCAGCCAGGGACCAAGGCCAAAGCCUUAGAUCGCUCCCCGGAUAUGGACAACUACUCAGAGGAUGACGACGACAGCUACUCCUCGGAGCAGGAAGCUAGCGACGAUGCUGUUCAACCAGUGGACCUGUACGAUGAGGAUGAUGAUGUACAGAGGAAGCCAAAGAAAAACCGGAGGAAAAUGAUUCGGACAACAUCCAUGACAAGGCAACCCAACUUCAAACAGAAGUUUGUGGCCCUGUUGAAGAGAUUCAAAGUGACAGAUGAGGUUCUGGACUCGGACCCAGUGGACCAGACCCAGGAGGUGGAGGAGGAUCUGGACCUGCUCUAUGACAGUCUGGAGGUCUACAACCAGAGUGACAGCGGCCCUGAAAUGGAGGACAACGAAAGUGUUCUCAGCACGCCCAAACCCAAACUCAAGCCCUUCUUUGAGGGAAUGUCCCAUUCGAGCUCCCAGACUGAGAUUGGGAGUCUGCACAGUCAGAAGAGCCAGCCCAGGGACCUGGCCUGCAUCGGUGGAGAUCUGCUGUCCCCGGACAGGGCCAAAGUCCUACUAGGGACCAAGUAUACAGACGACAGCACCGGAUUGGAGUCUCCUGCAGGGGACGCGGAGGAUGAGGAGACUAGGGCUGGCACAGGGCCAGGGGAGGCUAACCCCAACCCCACCCCCACAAGCUGGGACCUGAGCACGGACAAACUGCCCUGCCCAGUGGCCAAACUCUGCAAAACCGAGUCCCAGACACUCAUGUCGCCCAGUAAAACAGAGAACAAGCUGCAGAGGCGUCCUAGGAGCACGUCCAUGAAGGACCGGCAGAACUCCAAGGCCCAGAGUGACAGGACCAGCAGCAUCGACAGCGAGACAUCCCCAGAAUCCAGGAUCGCUGUCCAGGUCCCCAGGAAGUCUGUGUACGACCAGCUGAACCAGAUCCUUAUCUCUGACGAGCAGCUCCCCGAGAGCAUCAUCCUCAUCAACACCAUAGACUGGCAGGGCCAGUAUCUAUCUGAGAUUCUCCAUGAGCACAGCCAGCCUAUCGUGUGCACCAUCUCUGGUGCGGAUGUCCAUGCAGCCUUCAACACCAUCGUCACCAGGAUCCAGAGAUUCUGUAACUGCAACGCCCAAACACCCCCCACCAUCAAAGUGGCGGUGGCCGGAGACCAGAGUUACCUCAGCACCAUCCUCAGGUGUUUCGUGGAGCAGCUGGCCAACAAGACGCCUGAUUGGCUAAGCUACAUCCGCUUCCUGGUCAUCCCUGUCGGCACUCACCCUCUGGCCAAACACAUGUCUUCGUUCGACAGCAAGUUCAACAACAUCUUCAUGGACGCCGGCUGGAGGGACUUGUUUGGCAGACAGGAGGCCCCAACAUCAGACAACAUAGAUGUGGCAGGCCGCGUGUCUCAGUACCUGGCUGGGGCAAGCGUCUCGCACCAGUGUCCCAUCUCUGAGGCCAUGCUCACCUACAAACAGAAAAGGAAGAGAAGCUUGUAUUUUGAUUUUUACAUCAGCCCUGAUGAGGACUCCUGUCAGAAGUUUGUGCCAUUUAUUGGGCUGGUGAAAGUGGGCAUCGUUGAGCACAACCUCUCGACCUCAAUGGACUCUGAUGAUGCCGUGAUGGGGAGCAUCAAUAUGUUGGCCUCCCCUCCCCCCCAGCCGGGACCACCCUACAUGAAGGACCUGACCUGCACCCCGCCCCCCUCCCCCUCCGUCUCAGCCACCCUUGCCGGAGCCGGCUCUCCGGUGACGGGCGGGGAGGUGAUGGGGCUCCAGGUGGACUACUGGACAUGUCACGGCGCCGACAAGAAGAAGGAGGGCGAGAAGCGCGACGUGGGAAUCAAGAAUACCCUAAAGAGCAACUUCCGCUCACUGCAGGUGUCCCGCAUCCCCAACGGAGGAGAGCUGACCCCCCCUCCCGGCAUGGCCAUGACCGUCGUCAUGAAGGAGAAGAACAAGAAAGUGAUAUUCCUGAGUAAAAAGCCCAAGGAGAAGGAGGUGGACUCCAAGAGCCAGGUGAUCGAGGGCAUCAGUAGGCUGAUCUGCACUGCCAAACACCAGCACACCAUGCUGAGAGUGUCCAUUGACGGCGUGGAGUGGAAUGACGUCAAGUUUUUCCAGCUGGCCGCCCAGUGGCCCACUCACGUCAAGCACUUCCCUGUUGGCAUCUUCGGCUACACCAAGCCCACCAUGUGACAUAUCACUGCCACCUAAACCCAAGUAUGGGUAGCUCCAGCCCAAUAUGGCGACCGGAGUAUGGGCGAGUGGGUGUGUCGAAAGGAGUGGGUGUAUUGAAAGCGAAUCAGCUAAUUGGGCAGAUUUGUUGCCACUCAAGACCGUUUUGCGUGGCUGAUUGGGCUGCACGCCGAGUCGAUAGUCCGCCAACCAGUGCACCGGUUUUGUAUCAAGGUGCCUGCCGACCGGAGGUGCUUCCCACUGGGCAGCUGUGUCACGUUGUCGCCAGCGGUAGCUAAUGGGGGGAUAUUUUUUUUCUCCCAUGAUUUUAUUUAAAGUAGGAUAGCAGCCUACAAAAUAAAUAACUACUAUUGAUAACCAUAGAGAUUUCACAUUGAUACAUACAUACAGUCUACUCAAUGGGCAGGAUAUGAAGGGCAACAACACCUGGACACAGUGUCCUUGCUCCCGCUUGCCAAGCACCACUGUCCCAGCAUGGGAAGUAGCUAUCUAGUAGCCAAUAUCAGGGUGACAGUCACAGUGAGCACACGCAUACAAGCAACAGUACACCCAUCAUCAGUACUUUUAAUAAAAAAUAAAAAAUCAUCAGUUUUACAACUUAAAAUGUACAAUUAUUUGUGUAAAAAUAACUAAAUACUCAUCCUUUGGCCGACUCAGACUCAAGUCCAAACUCUCGCAGUACGAUAGUUGUAUGGUAAGAACCGGACAAAAAAAACUGCUCAAUCAAAACCAUCUAGCCUAUAGCAGAGCGCUUUUGACACACCCACUUCUUUCCACAUGCCCACUACUUCCCUUUCGACACACCCACUCGCCCUUACUCCGGUCGACAUAUUGGGCUGCAGCUACACCCUCCCUAAACCCUGACCCCAGAACAGUCCUUAUCAUCUCCCAUAGAGAGAGACGGGCUGGAUUCCAUUCUGAAAAAUCACUCCCUUCCUUCUGUCCUUUAAAAUGGUCCUCAUCUCCCAUAGAGAGACUGGGGCUGGGUUCAAUUCUGAAAAAAUCACUCCGUUCCCUUUGUCCUUUGAACAGUCCUCAUCUCCCAUAGAGAGAGACAAGCUGGAGUCCAUUCUGAAAAAUCACUCCCUUCCUUUCUGUCCUUUGAUAUUUGUAUUUACUAGGUAUUGAGGCUAUCAAUAUGGUAAUAUCAAUAAUGGCUAUCAAUAUGGUAAUAGCUCCAUCAAGUGAAGAUUAUAGGUCCUUAUAUGCUGGUUCCCAAUGUUUCAAAAUGCAAUUAUUAUAAAUAUAUUUCUAAGUUUGAAAUGAAUCCAACUCUUUCAGCUCUCUGUGGGCUCUCCAAGUUACCAAAGGUAGUGGGGAAGGCUGGGAGUAAUCCACCAGAUUGGAACCCAGCCAAGGCUGCUCUGACUAAGCAAAAAACUUAAACAAACCCCCUAGUCCUUUUCCUGUGGAAACUGUCCAGUUACAAACCUGUGUUCCCAGUAUAGAAUGGAUGUUGUUGACUGUUUUAUACACCAGCAAAAAAAAGAAGGAAAUAACAACACGUUUUGUACAAAAAUGUAUGCUGCCUUUUAAGUAUAAUAGUGUAUAUUGUGGUUAGACACUUAUAAUGGCCACCUGUAAUGGCAGCUUUGUUGGCACUUUGUUUUGUUACUAUAUUAUUAUUUCUGUGAAAUCCUAUGUGGGUAAAUGUCCUGUAUAUAAUGUAAGAGGAUCAAAGGGGUGUGUUGGAGUGUGUGUUCGCAAUGUGUGCCGGGUGGCAGUGUGUGUUACUGAUUUUUAGGGGAACGGGUGGGAUGCUAAGAGAGGAAUUGCUGUGAAAUUUGCAGAGGAACCCCUGUUGCUAUGGAGAGAUGUAUUUCGUUAUCAUAAUUUUUGUGAGAAAAGUGACUUACUCAAGUUUUUCAUACACUACUUUCUAGCUAGGAUACUUGCCUUCUUGAUUUAGAAGCACAUUGUACGGAAACAGAAUAGGGACAAUCAGUAACCAAGAAACUUGGCACUGUAUAACGAGAGACAUUCUUCCGAACAUAGGCGUAAGUGAGUGGGAUGUACCCUUAGGCGAGUUCAAUGCAGUGACUUCACUUGUGAAUUUGUGAAGAGGGCCCUAGGUGCAUGCAAGAAUGUAUACACACAAACGUGAAUAGGAGAGAGAAGAGUGAGGGAGGGAGAGGAAAGAAGGAGACAAAUGUCUUGUAGCCCUGCUCUAACACACCUGGUUAGCCUACUGUCUCUGCAAAGGGUUCAGCAGUGCAGUUUUCAGUAAUACCCUUUUCACACUACUACUGAGUCGAUCCAAGCCGAGCUGUACUGCACUGGCCUGGUUACGCAUCCACUAUAGUUGCUGGAACUGUGUUCAAAAUGACCAUGUGAAAAGAAAAUACAGUUAAACACAGUACAGUUUGGGUUGGUACAGUAGUGUGAAAAGGGUAUAAGAAUUAACUAUUUACCAGUGACUUUGAAGUGGUGUUCUUUUUUCUAACUUCUUGAAAGACUGGAUUCCCUUUACGAAACUAGCGUGCCGUAUUCAACAAUGAACUAAUUGCUGUCUACUGUGCUCUGUUUUUAUACUCUCUUCAAAGAUAGACCCACUCAUAACGUUGAGUCAAAAAGGGCCACAGGCUUCAUUGGUUUUGAGGGAAUUGCCAGGAUUGAGUCUGGGUGCAGUUUGAGGGUACCAUUUUAAUGUCAGGAAUGUUGUUGUAUUGUGUGUUGUUUUUUCAUGAGGUGUGUUUUCUCAUAGACCUAUGAGGGAAAUAACGUCAUGUGCCUCUUCAGUCGAGGCUAUGCAGGACACUGGAAGGAACCUGGA